GUAAUAGUUCUAUCAAUUUUAUUUCCCAAAUUAAACAACAAUGCACCAUAAAAAGAAGAGAUUUCCCACCACCUAACGUCGUCUGCUCACAGCAUUGUAGAUGCUUUUCUUUACCAAACUAAAUUAUGAUUGUCGUACUUUUACUUCGCUCUGUUAUCGAUCGGACUAUCUUUUUAUUUGUUACGAAAUAAACCUCACACUACUCGGUUCGGUUCGUUGAUUGGUUUUUUUCGAGACCGACAGUCAUCAAUGCAUUGGCAUUCGGGGUCGGUUGGAGGAGUUGAACGAAAAUCACUCCAUUAUCUGCCGUUGUCGCGUCACCGUUGUCGGUUUGGAGCGGGAUUGUAAUGUCCACAUUCAGCGAUCGUUCAAGUAAAUUGCUUUAUUUUAUUAGCGUGUGCUUCGUGUGCCGUAGAUGGUUAGUCUAUUCCAACUUCCCACCAUCACGAAGGCAAUGGCAGUGAGUAAUAGACAACGUUACGGUACGAUGGAGACGCCUGGUAGCCGAAGAGGAAAGCCCCAAAUAACUUAUGCUCAUUCCAACAUAGCGUGAAGGCGGAUAAUCCAAUAAAAUGGGCAACGCUUUCGGUGUGAAAUGAUGGGAAAUAAGAAGAGUUUUUGAAUGAUAUCUUCUUUCGGGUAGGAAAUGUACAUAUGCCCUCCUUGUGGAGGUGAAACUCAAAUAUAGUUUUAAUCAUAUUAAUAUUAACUAAAUAUGAUACAAUCUUAAUAUUAAAACUUGUAUCUCUUAGCAUUUUAUAAUACUUGAAUAUCAGCUCAGUUUUGCUAUAACAUUACGAACAGAUUUGAGCAUUUCGUUACAAAAGAAAUUCUUUGUAAUGAAUACCCUCACUGAUACUACAUAUGUGUCUUUGUUUAACGCAUUUCCAUCAUAUUCUCUCGAACGCGUCGAUGGAAAGGAAAUAGUAGCAGUAGGGCUUACUAAUCCAACAAACCUACCCAGCUUAGAGUCGCAUCUUGCGACUAGUCAAUUGUCUUUUCUCGAUCUGCGGUCAUUCAUUUGGAAAAGCUCCUACGCAGCCAGCCUUAUCUGUACGGAGCAAAGCUCCUCAGACGCUGCAUCGCUGCAAUGACAAGCAAUGGUUUCACAACAGCAGGAUCUUGGCAACGGAUACACAGCCAGGCGAAGCAAAACAAAAGCAGUGCAGAUGUCAGGAUAGGAUCGAUAAUACCAUUCCAUUUGUAGGCACCAUAGCCGUACUACUGCUGCUCUAGCCGUAAUUGGUAUUCCUGUCUCCGACGAGCAAUUUCGUUUUAUUAUUUUAUAUUUAUUAUCAAUUAAGAAGCACAUCUAUAACGGUGGCUUUCCCAUAUCCUUUUGCUGUAGAAGCGACAAAACGUGGUGUGUUUUUCGGGCAGUAUAGGUUAGUGUUAGUAGAUUAUACGGCUGAGCGAGAGAGAGCGAGAGAGAGAGAGAGAGAGAGGGUAGCUGGCACCGGCACGAACCAGCCACAAACAUACCGCAACAGCAAACACUCAUACGUGCCAGCUUGCACCGAUAUGUGUAUGCAACCAGAAAGGAUUAGCAGUAUAAGCCUUCAAGAGCUUAAAUCGGUAUUCGGUUUUAUGGUUUCCAGCGAAAGUUUUUCCUCUCCUUCACUCGUUGUGCAAUUUGCGUUAUUACAGUUUAAUCAGUUAAAUUAGUUAUGAAGAUACAACGUGUUUUUGUGUUGAAAUUAUACACAUAGUUAGAUGUUUUUUUGUGUUUUAUUUGUGCAUUUAAUUAUUAUAUUUGUAAUUGUUGGGUACUACUGUAAUACUUUUAUACAAAUGUAUCGCUCGCUAAAUAUUUAACUUAUUUUUUUAUAUUGAUAAUUUUUACUCCAGCAUGCAGGCAAGAAAUCAUGGAAAAAAGCCAUUUUGUUAGCUAUGUUUGAAAAUGAAUAACUUUUCCGAACAAGAUAAGAUAUGGUAGAAACAAGCUGACACUUUACUUUUCAGUAAGAGUGAUAUGUUACUGAACGUAUAACUGGUUUGGAUCCUUCUCCAUUUUUUCACGCUUGACCAAACCAUAACGUUAGUGCUAAAAAGUGGUUGUUUCUAUCGAAAAGAAGCAAGCAAAGAAAGGAAAAUGCUUUCCGACGGAACAUUUUCCCAAUGUGCUAAAGUAACUGCUGCUGAUGGUGCCAAAAAAUCUUUCCUUUUCAUUUUCACUCGAAUGCGCAUUUGCUUUCCAUUUGCUGUCGAUCACAUUAGAAAGAAAAUCUUGCCCCGUGUAAGCAUUGAAGUGAGAAAAUUUGCUCACAAUGUAAUAAAUUACGAUAACAAUACAAUUUAAUACAUCAUAUAUACGUGAGCAACGAAGGGGAACCGUCUAGCAAGGCGGUGGCAUACAGCUGGUCAACUCGGGGCAAAGCUAAGCCGCGGCAGCAAUGGCAAGCAAAUAGUGUAAAGUACGGCAUAAGCGGUAGUGGACGGACCGGAUACCACAAAGCGAAAAUGGCAACCCGGUACCGAAAACGAUCCUCAUAUCACCGUCAUUCGCGUCGCCGAGAUCGAGAACUUUCUACAUAAUCAUAAUCAUAAAUUUGUUGCACUUAAUACAGCACCACCACCACCACCACCAGCACCGUGCUCGGUGGCCCAUAAGUGUUCGAGUGUACGUUACGCGGCGAACCACCCCGGGACCAAACGUAUGUUGUGAGCUUCGAGUGCAAAAGUUCAGUCGUAAGCGGUUUGCUGCAUAUCAUCGUACCUUCUCCUCCCCAGUGGGCCGCGCAUACACUUUAUGGUCAUGUUCUGGUGAGUGUUCGCGUGCAAAGUUUAGCCCGGGGGUCGGGACCAUUGGGAUCGUGGAGCAGUUUCAAUCGGGGUUCGGUUUUUGGGUGGGUUUUCGCUUGGUUGGCCAAGAGUAAAUUGAUGGUUUUCGGUGGAAUGGACCUUCGAGGGUACGGAGAGCAGUACGAACGAUGUAUGUACGGAGUGGUUUUGCUCUGUGGUCGAAAUUAUGAAACUUAUGAACGCAAGAGAUAGAUUUAUGUCGCCUAUCGUGUGAUUAGACAUCGGAACGAUCCAUAUUCUGCGCGCAAAACUGUAAACGAUACAUCAAUGUUACUCUGUUAGAGCUGGUUAGGUUGAAUAUGUAUAACUUAGUUAGUGAAAUUAAUUUUAUAUUUCGUACUGUUUGCUUAACGCCAAAUAUGUAAUUUAAUUUUAUUUUAUUUUAAUAACUACAUAAAUUUAAAGAUCAAUAUUUAAUAGGUCAAUAGUUAAUUUAUGUUUUUGUUUUCCAAAAAAAGUUCCUAAAUUAUGUUCCAGUAAUAUUUAACAAAUAUUCUCAUUGGAUUAGUGUUAACAAAGAAAUAAAAAACUCUCUUAAUAUUUUUUUUAAUAAAUAGGAAAAUUAAAUUAUUACCGCAACGCAACAAAGAAAACGAAAUACGUAAAACUGUUGAAAUUCACUUACCAAAAAAAAUAUAACUACAAGAACCAAUGGCGUCCUUUCGUGUGUUUUUACUGUAACCAUGGUGCCUUGCUUUUCUGCCACCGCUAAAACGGUUCUGGACCGUUACGUUUCGUAAGGCUAUCACUUCCGCCAUGAAUUCCAACCGCUCCGGGUGGCAGUUUCCGUCGUUCCGGCUUCACUGCUGGCUCUCGAAAGCCACUCCGACAACAGUACAUAACUUUGCACAAAAACCUUUCUUCCAAUGUAGCCUCCAUCGGUUGGCGGAAAAACCAUGAAAGCAACACCCUGCAAGAGCAUCGCCCGCUUUGGGGGAGGGGGGAGGUAUCCUCAACCGGCACUUUGGUUCUCUUGGAUCCGGAAAACAUUUUGUUGCACAUUGCGCUUUGUCAGAUGCAGCGAAUGAUCGGGACUCUGGGUGGUUGUACAUCCAACCCCACGGAACACCAUUUUUUAGCAACCCCGUAUGUGUGUUUGUGUGCAGAAGAUGAAAGAGACAGUGAGAGUGAAAGAGAGGAAGAGAGAGAGAGAGAGGGCAUGUGGUUUGUUCAUGUGUAUAUGAUGCGCACUUCAUAUGCUUUGCUUACUACACUCGUUGGAAUGAAUAUGUCCAUGGUGGCUAUGAGAAGCCAUCAACUCUCACCGGUUGGCUUUUUUUUUUGGUGCCAUCGUAACUUCCCAUGAUCAGUAAUGAUAUUGUUGAUGACGAUGAUGAUGAUGGCUAGGGUAUAGAUACUUCACAUGGUUUGCUGAUGGCGUCAUGGUGUGUUCCCGGUGUGUGCCUGUUUCCAACUACCGGCGACAGAACAUACCCGACAGGCAUCGAGGAUCAUGCUAACGAUGAGUGCACUGAACAAGGAUGCGUUCAGCCCAAAAGGAUUGCAUCAUUGCAGCAGCACACGAAAUGUACCACGAGUUUACUGGAGCGGGUAAAGGAAGCAGAAGAGAUUGCAAACAUUUUCCAAAGAUUUUUCUUUAUUUUCGAUUGCGCUCUCUACAAUCGAGAAAGAAAAAAAUCCAGGGCAAAUCUCUUUCCCCUCGCUAUGCCGUUUCCCCAUUUUCCCUGUGGUGCUCUUUCUGGCAGCCGCAACAUUUUCACACAUCGUAACUUUAAGCAUUUUGAGCUGCUCGCACACAACUACCAGCGUCUCUGUGCCAUGUUGGAAAUAAUCUCCGUGUCGAUGGUCGACGGGAUGGAGAGCAACGAAACGCUUGCUUAUACAACACACUCGUGCACUGGCAACGAUGAUCGUAUGUUGCAUUUUAUUCGAUACAUCAGCUCACAGAGCGGCACCUAAUCGAACGAUACACUCGUACCGGAUGUUCCCUUCCAUUAGUUCCGGACCAAAGGACCGCGAGUGUCAGUGUGGAGGUACGGGAGUAUGAAAGUAUAUUCCUCCUUUCCUAGGCUGCAUCUCCCUUCGGUGUUUGGUUUGGCAAGAAGUAACGAGAGUGGUGGCUGUUGAGUAGAGAAAAUGGAGAAGGAACAAAAAAAUGGAAAAGUAAAAUUGAACUCCACCCCACACAUGGUACUCCCCGUACUCGUGGGGAAUUUCUCGAUCUGGCCAUAGUUGUUGCAACUCAUGCCCCUGCUGCAUGUGCAAGUGCAGUGUAGCAUUAUACAUAUGCAGUUGCUGCUGGCCCGUAGCCACAACAGGCAACCACAUGGAGUAACCACUGCGGCUCCCUGUCUAGCUGCCAACAGUUACUUCCUCACAUCUUUUUCAUCGUACUUAACACCGCUUAGCCUGUUUCGAAUUCUCGUUCUUCCUGUAGUUUUACGUUUUUUUUUUGGUUGUUGUUGCCUUUUUAGACGGUUGUUGCUAUCCUUUCCUUUACACGCCGCAGCCUCCAUGUUCCGAGGAACGUGUUCCGGUAUAUUAAUGCAUUUUAGGAUGCAAGCCGCUCGUGCCAAGCUGUUCGUGCGGUAAUACAGUGGAGAGAGCGGAAGCGAGAGCAUUCCGAGGGCAGACAGGCAGACAUACAGACAGACAGAAGCAGACAUUCUAGUAGCAGUGGAACACGGUUUUGGAACCUGCCGGCAUAAAACCACAUCCGAUGUAUCUAAGUGCACCCGGUGCACCAGGCAGCCAUUCGGAAUUGUUCCGGCUUUAGGUGGAUGAGAGGCACAGGUGGAGUGGAGUUCUCAGUACUCACCCGCCCCAAACCCCGUACGAGAAGGAGGAGUACGUUUUGUUUCGGGACAUGGAGAGUACGAAAUGUUUCAGCAUAUUUUCUUCCGGAUCUCUAGGCGAAGGGCGUCGUUGUGGUGCUUGUUGAGCUCCUUUCUCUCCUUAGCCGGAGUUCUCACUUUAGGUGAAUCUUUCGGAAGAAAUUAGUUUCCUCGAGGCAUGGUUCAGGUUUUGGAGGAUGAUGUGCAAGUUCUAGUGUUAGAUUGGACCUCUAGACCAUCUGCGGCUAACCGAGGUUAUGCCGGAACGAUCAAGGAAGGUCAACUAGAGUAGGUCGACAGUGAGAGGGUGGUCUUUGGUACCUUUGAUAGCAGCAUCGGUCAGAAGCCACUUCAUUGCAGGAAAGCGGCUUACUCUGUGAUAAGUGGGUUAGGGCAUCAUCGUGCCACUUCUGUAAAGCAUCUCCAAUGUUUUCGCCACAUUAUGCAGCGUGUGCUAUCUAUUGGCUUCUAAUCAGUAGCGUAGAAUAGACUGAAAGUGGUUUGAGCAAGGGGGUGGUCGUCGGUGUAAAUUUACUGAGCACAUGCUUGCUUUAUUCUGUUGUUGUUUAGAAAGCUUAGACAUGCGGUACGUACUGCUUUACCGGGCACAAAGAAAGACUCUAAGCGAGGUGCGCGCGGGUUAGAACCGCAAAAUAUGCUACCUAAUUGUUCGCAUGUAAAGUUCGCAGGUGAAGUGAUAACAAGUGUGUAAGAAACGGGUACGGGGUUUUUGGGAAUUGGUACGUAAUGAAUUUUUCACCGCAGUUAGAGCUUAAAAUCGAUGUUUACCAUUAAUAAUACAUUCUGACCACUUAUCUUGGGUAGCUCGGCAAUGUAUAUCAUAAAUCAUGACAGAAAAGAAAAACACUCGAAUGUAUGUGAAUGGCAGCAGCAGGAAAGCUGUGCAAAUAGUGCUCAACUACCUUUAUCCUUGUUUUUUGUCUUCAUUUGAUCGUGUGGCUGGUGGCUGGAUGUAAAGCAGAAAUUUUCCCAUCAUUCCGAAUCGUUUUGCAAAAGAGAUGGAAAAAUGAAACGAGCUACAUAUGUGAUGGGGUUUUAUUGUUUGUGGCCGGCAGUAAAAGAUGCUGCAGCUAGUGCAUGAUGAUGUAUGCAAAUGGAGAUAAGUUGUAGAUUCAUACAAAAUUCAUAUGUUACUUCUCUGUCUCUCUUUCACGGUUGGUCUAUUUCUCGAAGGCAUUUCUUGAAGUAAGCAGAAAAUGUGUUUGUUUCUCCAUUGAAGUGCUGGAAAAUUGUGCAUAUUUGCUUGAGAUGCGUGUUAUAUCAGACUUUAAUUCAAUGUUUAUGGUUAAAACAAAACGAAACCAAGGUUUUAAACAUUAUGUUUUACCUUUAUAGCAGUAAUGUUCCACAAACAUAUCAUUUGUUGGAAAUUGAAAAUUCCUUCUUGGAUCAAUUUCCUUUGCUUAUAUUAUAGCUCACGCGUUUCACAUUUUUCGCAAAGUUCAGUAAUUUAUUUCCACUUUAACUCAUGACGAUAAUAAUUCAUAAUAACUUCAUUAUGGCUGGUGGGAAAUUCUUUAAGCGUUUCGUUUUCUUUUUUUUAUGCGCAAUUUCACCCCCCGCCCAUCGGUGUCAUGGCGCUCUGGUUUUCGUGCUCCAUUCGUUGUGCCGAUGUUAGGCGGAAAAAAAAUAGGUUCGCCAGAAACCAGCGCCAACUGGGGCAUCGAACAGAAAAGAAACAUAAAACUUUAGCAGCGGAAAAUGGCCACCGUCGGUCACCGAUGUCUUCGUGCUCAUUCAACUCGCUAGGGUUUCCCUUCGAUGGGUAGUGCAAUAAUUUUAUUCUUUAUGCAAAUUUAACUAUAACACCACCCCGCUCGGGACUGUGUUUUCGUUCAUCGCGUCAUCUUCAAACUUCAGCUGCAACUCUAGCACCAUGGCCUGUACCCACACCAACUUCCGUCGAAAAAUAAGGUGCUAGAUGAAUCGGGUACGGCUCUUUAAUAUUCUAUUCCGGUCCAUACUUGAACCCCGGAAGUGGUUGUAAGUGGUGAAAAUGAAGGGUGAACAUUUUUUGACCCUUCCGUUCAGUCUAACGCGCCGCAUGAAUGAUGAAGAAUGUCGGUACGAAAAUAAGCGUCGAAAAGAUACAUUUUAUGAACCGUGCCAAACGUAGAAGCCAUGGUAUGGCUGGUAUUAUUUGACGAGUUUUUCAUUAAUGCAUUUAUAACCAAAUGCUAACAUCGUUCAAGUCAUUGGUAAAAUCAAUUCUAACAAAUAAUCAACACGAACAGUAUUUUAUGGAAACAGUUUUUUUUAAUGUAAUUUUAAAUUUGAUAUUUUCAUAUGAAUUAGGAAGGACCAGUUAUUAAUUAUGUUGUCUUGAGCUACUAAAUAUGUUAAAAAGAACCGAGCAUAAAAAUGAAUUACGGGUGUCAUGCACCAAGCGGACGAUAAUGGAGGCGCCCAGCUUCCCAUGUAUUCAAACACCCUUUCGAGUUCGCUCUUUCGUCGGUUGAGUUUUUGACGUGAUGUUGCUUUUCAUAACAUGUUUUUAUUUACUGGCUCCAAUACAACUGGUACUUUGCUUUCCUUUUCUUUUGAGGUUGUACCUAUUGUGGUAAUUAUAUGUUGCAUGUUCAUAAUUAAUAUGAGCAAAAGUGAGAGCGUGAUAGUGGAACAGGCGCGGAGCGGUGUGUGUGUUUCCAUCACGCAUACGGUGGAAAUUGACGUGUCGUUAGUAUAACAAGCUUGUUUUUUUUUCAUUCAGUUAAACCAGCGGUUAUACACUGGCAUGGUGCGAAUAAUGCCAUAAAAUCCUCAUACAUUCUUCGUACGUGUUGGUGAAAAAUUAACAACAGCUAUAAAGAUGCUAAUAUUAUCGCUCGACCGUCUGUUCCCUUGGGCGCUUUCGUCGUACCCGUGAUAAUGUUUCCGAAAGUGCUAUUUUUCUUCACCAAAUCAAGCAAACAGUAACUGUUUUCCCUCUACAUUUCAUGUUUAGGAUCUCAGGCCUUUUAAAACCUAUUAUAUGGCAUCAGUUUGUCAGUACUCUUCUUCUGUUGAACUUAGUAUGAAAUAAUUUCCACAACAGAAAUUCUGUUUCUACCAUGCAUGUCAGUGUGUUCCAAGAAGGAAAAUUAAAUAAUUAAAGCUAGAAUAUUAGAUCGAUCGGACCAUCUACAAACGAAGCUAUUAAAUAUUUUUCCUUGCAUAACAUAUAUCUUUAAUUACAGAACCUCCGUUAAAAAUAAAUUAGCAACUAAUUUCCGUAAUUGGUCGAAAUAAUCAUGAAGUGCAAUUUGAAAUUCCGUUUGACAGCUUCCAACUUUAUUCCACUCUGGAAACCAUUGUUACGAGCUUUAAUUGCGUUUGUACUAUCUAGGCCAGACAAGUUAGUGUUCGAUCAACAUCGUUGCGAGCAGCAUCAGAUUUCGCAAAGAAUGGAAACCUCAAUCGGAAAGCAUCACUCGCUGGAACGCUUUCGUGCCACGGUUGCCUGGCAAAACAGGGUGCUAGCUCUCUUCGGGUGUUACGUGUACGUCGCCGAACAUCGAGUCACGUCCCGCAUCAUCGUUAUCUGCUUCAUUUCCAUCUCCUUCAUCGUCUUGUCGGUGUACAGUGCCGUACAGUCCUGGGGUGAUAUGGGUCAGGUCGUCCUGAGCAUGGUGGCCGUUUUCUACGCCAUCGUCGGCGUAGCACGGCUAGCGGUAGCCAUCAGCGAUCCAGCCGGUUGCUACCGUUCCAUCAAGCUAGCGGAGGAAAUGUACCAACAUGCGAACGGGUCCGAUCCGGCCGAAUGUAGCGUUCUUGCGCGAUACACCGACCUGUUUUGCAAAAGUGUCCAGCUGUACACAUUCUGCUUCAUCCUGAGCGUAGUGCUAGUAACAGUGAUGCCUUUUGCGUUCUAUCUGUUUCGUGGCGAACGAUUUUUGCCCCUUGGAAUUGUGUUCCCGUUUACCGAGGGGGAAAAUGUGAUCGGUUUCUGGUGCACCCUUGGCGUACAGCUGAUUUAUAUUUUCUCCGGCCCUUUGGCGUUGGUACCUUCGCAGAACAUUUACUUUGCAUUCAUUUUCAACAUCUGCCUACAGUACGAGCUGUUGAUUGAGAGGCUGAAACAGUUGGAUGUGACGAUACGUAAGUCCGGCGGGUUUAGGGAAAAUUCACACUCUUUACCCAUACGCGAUCAGUUGGUGAAGAUCAUACAACUCCAACAACGAUCCACCAAGUAAGCAAAUCUUAUGCAAAUGGUUUGAGGCCGGGUAAGCUUUUAUAUCACAUGUUUUACAGCUACAUAACACACAUCGAGCACUUCUAUC